AUGAAUAAGAGCAACCUUGCCAACGUUUUCCAAUCCAAACUCUGGGCCACAAGAGCUCCUACAAAGACAGAAGUUGACCUCGAAUUUGCAAACACGAUUAGGGAUUGGUGUUAUUCAUUCACCUCUUCCAUAGAAUCUGCCAAAGAAGAAAAGGACUCCUGGAAUGCCCUUCUUACAUUUGUGGACAACAUGGACAAGGAAGGCAACCCCACCAAGGAUCUCAUCAGGUUUACACGCAAAUAUCUCACCACCUUUUUCAACAAGUCCAUGGAGUACCUGUCCUUCAGACAUUACAUGGCUGUGCCAAAUGGGGAUAGAGCAGACAACUGUUCAAGCGUCUUGACCAAGGUCCAAAACCAAGCAACAAGAUUCAUGUUUCAGCGUUGGAAAUUGGCACAGCGGGACAUAGCCUACGUCAACAAUCUAACAGUUCAAAGUAUCAAGUGUUUAGUGUCCACGUCAACACGGUCCCAGCAGACCAACACCAGUGUCCAGGAUGCAAAUCUCCAGGAAUUGACAAUGCAUAUUAUCAAGAGCAAAGAAUCACUGGCUGUUGAACAGCAUUGCCUAGGGUCCAACUGCUACAUCUACUAUCCUGGCCUCUCUAAUUCCAAGGAACAGACAUUCUAUGUUAGGGAAAACUUGAUUAGAGCUUCUGUGACAAGAUUCACUAGCUGGCGCCCAGCGGUUCCAAGGACAAGAGUCUACAUUCUUGUGGUUUUUUCCAACGUUCCAGCAUAG